AAUCUUACAGGGCAAGAAAACAUAUAAGUACAUAACCUAUCUUCUGCCCUGCCUUGGUCAGGGGUUUCUUCUUCUUCCGGAGUUUUACAAUUGAACGCAUUGAAAGACAUCGGCAGUACUGAUAUUCGAUCAAAUGAAGCAGCAGGAGCAGCAAGGAUUGGUUGGGGAGAAGAGGAGGGUGGUUGUGGUGGGAGGGGGUAUCGCAGGCUCCCUAGUCGCUAAGUCUCUCCAGUUCACUGCAGAUGUCACUCUGGUUGAUCCGAAGGAGUAUUUCGAGAUCACAUGGGCAAGCUUGAGGCCAAUGGUGGAGCCAUCCUUUGGGGAAAAAUCAGUGAUCAACCAUAAAGAUUACCUUACCAAUGGCCGGACUUUUGCAUCCAGUGUCACCAAUAUUACUGACAGUCAUGUACUGAUUGCAGAAGGUCGUCUAAUUCCCUAUGACUAUCUUGUCAUUGCCACUGGGCACAAGGAUCCUGUCCCCAAAACUAAGACCAAGAGACUUGAUCAAUUCAAAGCAGAAAAUGAAAAGAUAACUUCUGCUCAAUCAAUUUUGAUAGUUGGAGGAGGUCCCACUGGCGUUGAACUUGCUGGAGAAAUUGCUGUUGAUUACCCAGAUAAGAAGGUUACGCUGGUGCAUAAAGGAUCAAGGUUGCUGGAAUUUAUUGGAUUAAAAGCUGCUGAAAAAACUUUAAAAUGGUUAAGAUCAAAAAAGGUUGAUGUAAAGUUGGAACAGUCUGUUGAUUUGAGUUCUAUAUCAGAUGGUGGCAAAAUAUAUCAAACUUCGUCUGGAGAACCUAUCGAAGCAGAUUGUGUUUUUGUAUGCACUGGUAAACCGCUGAGUUCAGCAUGGCUGAAGGGUACUAUCUUGAAGGAUAACUUGGAUGAGCAUGGUAGAUUGAUGGUUGAUGGAAAUUUGAGAGUGAAAGGCAGAGAGAACAUAUUUGCAAUUGGAGAUAUUACUGGCAUUCAUGAAAUCAAACAAGGUUAUUUGGCACAAGAACAUGCUUCAGUGGCUGCUAAGAACAUAAAACUGUCAAUGGCUGGAGGGAAAGAAAGCAAAAUGGCAACGUAUAAGGCUUCUUCUUCAGGCCUGGCAAUUGUUUCACUGGGGAGAAAAGAAGCUGUGGCACAAUUUCCUUUUACAACUAUGAUUGGGUGCAUUCCUGGCAUGAUCAAAUCCAGAGACUUAUUUGUGGGGAAAACUAGAAAGAAGAUGGGCUUAGAAGCUUAAAUUCAAAGGAGCAGAAAAUGUACUUCCCCCCUUCUUACAUUCUAUUUGGUUUGUGCAUAUACGUGGAUAUAUCAUAUAUGUAUCAUACAACCAAUUGUUAUACCUUGUUUAUCUUUGAGCUUCACAGACGUUUGUCUUGCUUUGGCGAGACUUUGGUCUCUUGUUUUUGGUUCUUUCUUUUUAAAGUUUGAUUGUGGUACUUGGGUGGCUAGAGUGAUUGAGUUCUGAUACGUGUGGCUUGUUGGAGAUAUAUAUGUACCUUGUUUUUUUUUUUAGUAUGUACUAUAAUUUUUAUCUUGAUAAGAGCUGUAUUUGUGUAAUA